AUGGCUGCCGAGCUGACUUCUAUCAAGCUCAACCCGGAAAGCCAUCUGAUCUUGGACCAACCACUCCUCCGUCUUCCCCAUGAACUAGCCCGACGAAACUUCAAGACCGUGCAGCGGGUAGUCGAGCGAGAGAAAGAAUAUGUCCUACCUGCACUCAGAGACGCAGCUAACGCCUCCCUAUCCAAUACCCAAACGCCCGACCAGACGCUAGCAGCACUAGACGCUAUGAUAUCUCGCAUGCAAGGACUGAAACGGAAGAUGCAGAGCCUCCAGGAGGAAGAGAAGAAGAUUCAGAUGCAAUCUCGGAAACGCAUUCAGCAUCUGGAGGCUCUGUACAAGAUUCCUAGUCUGGCGGAUGUCAAGUAUGACCAAUGGUCGCGCGUGCGGCUGGAUCGGUUGCUGGUGGAUCAUCUGCUGCGGUCGGGAUACUCGGAGAGUGCGAAGCAGUUGGCUCAGGAGCGUGAUAUCGAAGAUCUGGUUGAUUUGGAUGUCUUUACACAGUGCCAGCAAGUCGUGGAGAGUCUGCAUCGCGGAGAGACUAAAGAGGCGUUGCAGUGGUGUGGUGAGAAUAAAGCCGCCCUGAAGAAGAGCCAGCACAAUCUCGAAUUCGAGCUCCGGCUCCAGCAGUACAUUGAGAUGGUCCGAACACAGGACCCAUCGAAGAAGAUUGAUGCUAUUAACCACGCCAGAAAGUAUCUAGUCUCAAACCAAGAGCCCGACAGCAAGGAAAUCCAGCGAGCAGCAGGAAUGCUGGUCUUUGCUCAAGACACAAGGGCCGAACCAUACAAGACCUUCUUUUCGCAUGAACGAUGGAAGUUCCUCUCAGAUCUAUUCAUCCAAACACACCACGAGCUCCUCUCCCUGCCGUCGCAGCCAUUACUACACAUAGCCCUGUCCGCGGGUCUAUCUGCACUCAAGACACCCCUGUGUCAUUCCGCCUACACUUCCUCUAGCUCCAACUCCCAAUCCACGACGACGUCCGUCUGUCCCAUCUGCUCUACUGAACUGAACGAGCUGGCGCGCAGAAUGCCCUAUGCGCACCACUCGAAGAGUUACGUGGAAGGUGAUCCGAUUGUGUUGCCUAAUGGUCGCGUCUAUGGAAAGGCGCGGCUGUUGGAUAUCAGCAAGAAUAACGGAUCAGUUGAGUCCGGGAAGGUUAAGGAUCCGACAACGGGUGAUGUCUUUGAUGAGAGUGAGAUGAAGAAGGUGUACAUCAUGUAA